GAGUAACUUAGUGACUUACUGUAGCUACAUUGUUCUACAUACCUCUCUUUCUAUUUUCAUCUGCUUUCUUUCAAGCUUUUCUUCAAUGGCGGCCGUCGAGAAAUUCUGAAGAUUUCAGCUCACACACAAAAAAACAAUUAAAAAAACAAACAGUGCAAUGACUGUCGGAAACCUGAAGCUCGGAGUGGACAUCAUAAGCGCGCACAACCUCUUGCCGAAAGACGGUCAAGGCUCGUCAAACCCAUUCGUUGAACUCCACUUCGACGGUCAAAGAUACCGGUCAACCAUCAAAGAAAAAGAUCUCAAUCCCGUGUGGCACGAGAGCUUCUACUUCAACAUAACGGACCCCACAAACCUCCACACCCUCACUCUCGACGCUCACAUCUACAGCAACAUCAAAGCCACCCAAUCCAAAUCCUUCCUCGGAAAAGUCACAAUCAACGGCAACUCCUUUGUACCCUACUCCGAUUCCGUCACCCUCCACUACCCGUUAGAAAAACGGGGAAUCUUUUCGCAUGUUCGUGGAGAAAUCGGCCUCAAAGUCUACAUCACCGACAAUCCGUCCCUAAAAUCGUCCACCCCUAUUUCAAUCACCGACGAAAAUCCGUCGGAGAAUCGGCACACGUUCCACACCCUACCUAAACGAAAUAGCAACGAGGAGGAACAACAACAGCAACAACAAAACAAUCACCAAGCAGUCGAAGCGCCACCUCAUUACAACAGUACUAAAUACACGGCCAACGAGAUGAAGGUUCCGGAACCUAUGCCGCCUCCGAAGCUCGUGCACAUGCACUCGGCCUCGUCUUCUCAACCGGUCGAUUUCGCCCUCAAGGAAACAAGCCCGUUCCUCGGCGGAGGCCGCAUAGUCGGGGGCAAAGUUGUCAAAACCGACAGGACGACAGCUGGAGGGACGUACGACCUCGUUGAGAAAAUGCAUUUCCUCUUCGUCAGAGUCGUCAAGGCUCGUGAGCUACCGGCCAUGGACGUAACGGGGAGUCUUGACCCUUACGUGGAGGUCAAAAUCGGAAACUACAAAGGAAUUACGAAGCACAUCGAGAAGCAACAAAAUCCAAUGUGGAAUGUAGUUUUCGCCUUCUCUAGAGAGAGAAUGCAAGCGUCCGUUUUGGAAGUGGUUGUUAAGGAUAAAGAUAUUUUAAAAGACGAUUUUGUGGGGUUUGUGAGAUUCGAUCUCAAUGAGGUUCCCAUGCGGGUCCCACCCGAUAGCCCCUUGGCCCCUGAAUGGUACCGCCUCGAAGAUAAAAAAGGGGAGAAGAUAAGAGGAGAGCUUAUGCUGGCGGUUUGGAUCGGGACACAAGCUGACGAGGCGUUUCCCGACGCGUGGCACUCCGACGCAGCUUCGCCGCUCGACAGCUCAUCUGCCGCUUCGGCUCUUAUCCGUUCGAAAGUCUACCAGGCCCCGCGCUUGUGGUACGUGCGUGUGAACGUGGUCGAAGCGCAGGAUUUAAUCCCAUUGGAGAAGACUCGUUUUCCGGACGCUUACGUAAAGGCCCAAAUAGGAAACCAAGUGAUGCGAACGAAACCCGUUCAGUCACGUAAUUUCAACCCUUUGUGGAACGAGGAUUUGUUCUUCGUUGCAGCCGAGCCGUUCGAGGACCAUCUUGUACUCACAGUGGAGGACCGGGUCGCUCCGGGUAAAGACGAGGUAAUCGGGCGGGUUAUCAUACCGUUGAAUAUGGUUGAAAAACGGGCCGACGAUCGUGUGAUUCACUCUCGUUGGUUUAAUUUAGAGAAGCCCGUUUUGGUGGAUGUGGAUCAGUUGAAGAAGGAGAAGUUCUCGAGCAAGCUUCACUUACGGGUUUGCUUGGACGGGGGUUAUCACGUUCUUGACGAGUCGACUCACUACAGUAGUGAUCUUCGCCCUACGGCGAAGCAGCUUUGGAAGCCUCCGAUCGGAGUUUUGGAGCUUGGGAUUUUGAAUGCCGUUGGGCUUCAUCCGAUGAAAACACGUGACGGAAAGGGUACGUCGGAUACGUAUUGCGUGGCGAAAUAUGGUCACAAAUGGAUACGUACGCGUACGAUCGUAGACAAUCUUUUCCCAAAGUACAACGAGCAGUACACUUGGGAGGUUUUCGAUCCCGCCACUGUGUUGACUGUCGGAAUCUUCGACAACAGCCAGCUGAGCGGCGAGAAGGGCAAAGACGUAAAAAUCGGGAAAGUCCGGAUCCGGAUUUCGACGCUCCAGACGGGUCGGAUCUACACGCAUUCGUACCCAUUGCUCGUUCUUCAUCCGACGGGUGUGAAGAAAAUGGGUGAAUUGCAUUUGGCGUUGCGAUUUUCUUGCACCUCGUUCGCGAACAUGCUUUAUACGUACUCGAGGCCGUUAUUGCCGAAGAUGCACUAUGUUCGGCCAUUCACGGUCGUCCAGCUGGACAUGCUCCGUCAUCAGGCGGUCAACAUAGUCGCUACACGGUUAGGGAGAUCCGAGCCCCCGUUGAGAAAGGAGGUCGUCGAGUACAUGUCGGAUGUCGACUCGCACUUGUGGAGCAUGCGUAGGAGCAAGGCGAACUUCUUCCGCAUGAUGUCAGUCUUCGCCGGAAUAUUCUCCGCCGGAAAAUGGAUCGGUGAUAUCUGUACCUGGCGGAACCCUAUCACGACGGUGCUUGUGCAUCUGCUGUACCUCAUGCUCGUUUCUUUCCCGGAGUUGAUUUUGCCGACGGUGUUUUUGUACAUGUUCUUGAUCGGAGUUUGGAAUUUUCGAUUCCGGCCUAGGUAUCCGCCGCAUAUGAAUACGAAGAUUUCUCAGGCGGAGGCGGUGCACCCCGACGAGCUGGACGAGGAGUUCGACACGUUUCCGACGAGCCGGAAUCCCGAUUUGGUUAGAAUGAGGUACGACAGGCUGAGGAGCGUGGCGGGGAGGAUACAGACGGUGGUGGGUGACGUGGCGACGCAGGGGGAGAGGGUCCACUCGCUGCUGAGCUGGCGGGACCCGCGGGCGACGGCCAUUUUCGUCACUUUCUGUCUUGUGGCGGCGGUGGUGCUGUACGUGACGCCGUUCCAGGUGAUCGCUGCUCUGGCGGGGGUGUAUGCGAUGAGGCACCCUAGGUUUCGGUACCGCCUGCCGUCGGUGCCGGUGAACUUUUUCCGGCGGCUUCCAGCCAGGACAGAUAGCAUGUUGUGAUAUUGGUUAAUUAAUUAUUUUAAAAUAUUUUUUUUUUUUUGAGGACAUGAUUUUCGUGUGUUGAAUGGUUGUAAUUGUUUUUUUUUUUUUUUUUGGUAAUUCAAUGUUAUUAUUAUUAUUUGCCUUAUUA